AUGUCCGCUCCAACAUCACUGUUUGAGGCAGAGGUGACUUUUAUACGGAAAACUCUAGAGAAUGUCAAGACCAUCAUCGGCGAUUUGAUGACGUACGAAGCAAAGGACCUAUUGAGUCCUCUUGGGGAUACUCUUGUGACGCCUCCUGAUCAUAUUACAGUCAAAGUUGCUAGAGAACUGGAAAUGCUUGAACUGAAUUGUGAUGAAAUUAUGAACGCCUUGCGAGCUAGAGACAUGAAUCCCAACAUAAAGAAGCUGUAUGACCACGUACCAGUCGCCUUGUCAAGCCAUUACUACACCGGGGACAGAAGAGCUGCUGUACUUGUCGCACUCUUUGAAGAUGAAAAUCACGAGCUCCACGUACUAUUGACCAAACGAACUUCGCAUCUUCGUAGCCAUGCUGGUGAGAUUGCACUUCCGGGAGGACGAUUUGAACAAUCAGAUAAAUCUUUGGUCGAAACUGCGCUAAGGGAAUCGCACGAGGAAAUCGGAUUAUCACCCAGUGAAGUCACUGUUAUCAAAGAGAUCCACCCUUCCGUAUCCAGAAAUAUGCUGCUAGUGUCUCCUGUGCUAGCACUCGUACCAUCGGACUUCUUACAACGAUGUCGACCAAACCCAGAUGAAGUCGAGACAGUCUUCUCAGUCCCAUUACGAAGCUUCUUGAAGGACGAUCGUCACCAAACCUGGGACAAUGAAUACAAACACGGGACCAUCACGGAGAUGUCUAGGACACACUCAUUUAUACGCGGAGAGGGUGAUCAUAGAGUCUUUGGGCUGACUGCAAACAUACUGUUACGAAUUGCCCUGAUUGCUUAUGAAGGAGAUAGUGUUGAAUUUGAGCCGUUCGCUGAAGGACAGCCACUGGACCAUGAGUCUGCGAGGCACCUGUAUUUCAAACAAGAUGCAGAGAAGGUGGAUCAAGAAAAGAUACACCAACGCGAGUCAGAGUUCAAACAACGAAACGUGGAAUUGAGCAAAAGUCUCGCUGCCGAGAAGAACAAGCUCUGA